UUCGACCAUCAACAUCAUUACAUCGCAGACCCUUGAACUAAUCUGGUGCGCACUUUUUUGUUUGUGAACAUUGUGUGAAAGAUAGUGUAUUUUGUUGAAAAGUUCCCGAAACGAUGCAGUCGCUCAGAAAGACGACCACAUGGAUUGCACCAUCCGCCAUGAGGUUCGCUAGGAUUAGCAGCCAAAUUGGCGAGAUGGGCUCUGGUGCCGGAAAGGGAGGCGGCGGUGGUGGCGCUAUCCGCGAAGCGGGUGGUGCUUUUGGAAAAAUGGAAGCCGCUCAUGAAGAGGAAUACUUCUUCAAGAAGCGCCAGGAGCAACUGCACAAGCUGAAGGAAAAACUAAUCGGAAAGGUUGAUUUUCACGAGGAGUCCAUUAAACAUCACGAAGAAGCUAUCGCACGUCACAAGAAAGCUAUUGAGGAAUUGAACCGAAGUCAGCAGUAAUCGGAAUUAGAAUCAGAAUUGCAUUACACGAUUCAGGAAGAAAUACUUAGCAUUGACUAGUGUGAUAUAGCGCAAUCAACUGUCAUUUACGUGUGUAAUUUUGUUUGGAAUAUAUUAACGGGUUUAGCUAUCGAAAACUUA